AUGGCGAAAGUUGAAGAUGGAGUUUUUGGGGAAGAGAAGCAACUUUCGCUAAGUCCCCGCAGAACAGACAAGGAAGACGGCGACGGCGAUGAUGGGGACGACGGCGACGAUGGCGAUGAAAGAGAUGGUGAUGAAGACGAGAUGACGUGUUCUCUGGCGCAGGCUUACAGCGGGCUCUCGACACAGCCAUCUACCACUGACGGUGAUGAUUCUACCGCCGGCGAUACUGAUGGCUUCCAUGUCUUCUCCUUCUUCUAUAUCUUCUCUCUCUACUGCUUCUUCUUCUCCUUCUUCUCCUUCUAUAUCUUCUGCUUCUACUGCUUCUACUCUACCAUGAGACUCCGCAGCUCCCUCCGCCCACCGAAUCGAAGAGCCACAACGAAGACGAACACGAGAAAGAGACAAGAGAGACGGACGAGAACACUCAAGGGCAUCUAG